AUGGCCUCACUCGCGACGACGUACCAUGCGCAAGGUCACUACGGCAAGGCUGAGCAUAUGAUAGUGGAAGUGCUCGAUCUUCGGCGCGAGGUGCUUGGAGCGGAGCAUCCGGACACGAUAAGCAGCAUGGCCAACCUCGCGACGACGUACCAUACGCAGGGCCACUACGGCAAGGCUGAGCCUAUGAAGGUGGAAGUGCUCGAUCUUCGGCGCGAGGUGCUUGGAGCGAAGCAUCCGGAUACGAUAUGGAGCAUGGCCAACCUCGCGGGGACGUACCAUGAACAGGGCCACUACGGCAAGGCUGAGCCCAUGAUGGUAGAAGUGCUCGAUCUUCGGCGGGAGGUGCUUGGAGCGAAGCACCCAGACACGAUAGAGAGCAUGGCCAACCUCGCGACGACGUACCAUGCGCAGGGCUACUUCGGCAAGGCUGAGCAUAUGAUAGUGGAAGUGCUCGAUCUUCGGCGCGAGGUGCUUGGAGCGAAGCAUCCGGAUACGAUAUGGAGUAUAGCCGACCUCGCGGCAACGUACCAUAAAAAGGGCCACUACGGCAAGGCUGAGCCUAUGAUGGUGGAAGUGCUCGAUCUUCGGCGCGAGGUGCUUGGAGCGAAGCAUCCAGCCACGAUACUGAGCAUGGCCGACCUCGCGGCGACGUACCAUGCGCAGGGCCACUACGGCAAGGCUGAGCCUAUGAAGGUGGAAGUGCUCGAUCUUCGGCGGGAGGUGCUUGGAGCGAAGCAUCCGGACACGAUAAGCAGCAUGGCCAACCUCGCGACGACGUACCAUGCGCAGGGCCACUACGGCAAGGCUGAGCCUAUAAUGGUGGAAGUACUCGAUCUUCGGCGCGAGGUGCUUGGAGCGAAGCAUCCGGAUACCCUACAAGCGAUGCAGGCUCUUGCUGUAUCCCGACACAUUGCCAUAAAGAGGAAGCUGCACAUGCUCAGGACUUCGCAGAUACCUUUGACGACGAUGCACGGCACCUGA